AUGAGAAAUUUUCACCAGGAUGCCGUCAUCGAUGAGUUCGAAGCGCUGACCAAGGACGUGGGGAAGGUCCAGAGGGAGACCCUCAAGAUGAUCCUGGAAGAGAAUAGCGAAGCGGAGUAUCUGCAGAACCUGGGACUGGGAGGGCGAACCGAUCCCGAGAGCUUCAAGGCAUGCGUUCCCCUCGUCUCCCACGCUGAUCUCGAUAGCUAUAUUCGCAGAAUUGUAGCUGGGGAGUCUUCCCCCAUUCUCACUGGGAAGCCGAUAACUUCCCUUUCCUUGACGUAAGAUUUUCCCGGUGGCAUGUCCACGGGUGCUGGGUCUAGUUCAUUUCCCCGGCUGGCGCGUUUACUAUCAGCUGUUUCUGACAUUGCUUGUGCUGUCCAAUGCUUCCAGCUCUGGUACUACACAAGGGAAGCCCAAGUACGUUCCCUUCAAUGACUUGCUGGUUCAGAAUGCGAUGCAGGUAUACCGAACGUCGUUUGCUUUCAGAAACAAGUAAGGAGCUCAUCUUUCUGCUUUAUGAGUUUAGUUAUUCCUUAAGCUCUGAUUAUCUAUUUUUCUCUCCCCCUUUUUUUAUUCAUCUGCCUCGAGUUUGAACUGGGGGAUUUCUGGACGAGGUCUGCACUCUGAUUACCCCAUUCCGUGGCUUGUGUUUUCUAAUCAGCUGGAGCUGCACCGGGAGAGGAUUAGACAUUGGUUUCUGAAUUUUUUUCUCUUUUUUUGAAGUUCAUUUCCGCCGAAUUUGAGAUCUACCUUCUGUGAGCGAUUUUCCCAGAAAUUCCAUCGCCAUUUGUGGGGGAGAAUGCGGAGCAUAAUCUAGUUUCUUUCCCAGAUAUGCAGGAAUUUGAGCAGUACCACCGUCAAGUGCAUUGUUUAUCUGAACUAAGAAUCUUAAUGGCGAACUUGGGUUUCAUCCUCCAAACUCUCCUAUUCUUCUUCCCAAAAAGUUGAAUAAUUAGUAGUCCAGGGGCUCUGAUUCUGUGAAGCUGUUCGAUGAUUCUCGAGAGUUUUCUUGAAUGGAUGCCUGACCCCGUUUCCGUUCUGUUUUCCAGGGUGUUUCCCCAUGGUGAUGGAAAAGCCCUGAAGUUCAUCUACGGCAGCCAUGAAGUCCGGACGAGUGGGGGCAUCGUGGCUGCCUCCGUCUCCGCAAACAUCUUCCGCAGUGACCAAUUCAAGCGCACCAUGAAAGAUAUCCAGUCGCAGGCCACCAGCCCGGAUGAAGUCACCUUCGGCCGUAGUUUCGAGCAGUCUCUCUACUGCCAUCUCUUAUGCGGGCUUCUCUCGUAUCAGGAGGUUCAGUUCAUCUAUGCCACCUUCGUCCACAACAUCGUCCAGGCGUUCAGAACAUUCGAGCUCGUCUGGGAGGAGCUCUGCGCGAACAUCAGGGAUGGGGUCCUCUCUCCCAAGAUCACCGAUCCUUCCAUGAGGGCCGCCGUCUCCAAGUUGCUGACCCCCAAUCCUCAGCUGGCGGACGAGAUCUACAACAAAUGCAAGGGCCUGAACAACUGGUUAGGGUUGAUCCCCGAGCUCUGGCCGAACACGAAAUACGUCCAUGGCAUUAUGACCGGAUCGAUGGAGCCAUAUCUGAAGAAGCUGAGACAUUAUGCCGGGGAUCUGCCGCUCUUGAGUUUUAAUUAUGGGUCGUCGGAAGGCGUUAUCGGAGUUAACAUACAUCCUGAGCUGCGUCCUGAGGAGGUGAGGUUCGCGGUGGUCCCCGACAUUGGGUACUUCGAGUUCAUCCCCAUGGCGACGAAUAGCGGGGAUAAGCCGGCCGUAGAAGCUGAGCCGAUCGGUCUCGAGGAGAUCGAGGUCGGGAAAGAGUACGAAAUCAUAAUCACGAACUUCGCCGGUGAGUGUUGCAGGCGUUGACUGGCAUCGGUAGAUAAAUGAUGAUUUCUCGGAGGAGAAACUGUCCCAAUCCUCCUGUUGUUUCGCGUGGUGGUGCAGGUCUGUAUAGGUACAGGCUGGGCGAUGUGGUGAGGGUGGGGGGAUUCCACAACAGCACGCCGGAGCUACAGUUUGUGUGCCGCCGCAGCCUGCUGCUGAAUGUCAACAUAGACAAGAACACGGAGAGGGACCUGCAGCUGGCGGUGGAUGAGGCCUCCAAGCUGGUGGCGACGGAGAAUCUGGAGGUCAUCGACUUCUCCAGAUGCGUUGAUCGCUCGGCAGAACCCGGGCACUACGUCAUCUUCUGGGAGCUCAGCGGCGAGGCCAGGGAGGGCGUCCUCCACAGCUGUGCGGACUGUUUGGACCGCUCCUUCGUAGACGCCGGUUACAUGACCUCGAGGAAGGCGAAGGGCAUCGCCCCACUGGAGCUCCGCAUAGUCCGGCAAGGCACCUUCCGCAAGGUUCUCGAGCACUACAUCAACCACGGCGCCUCCAUUGGCCAGUUCAAGAACCCGCGCUUCAUUGGCGCCUCCAACGCGGCGGUUCUCCGCAUCCUCUGCGACAACGUCGUCGAGAGCUUCUUCAGCACGGCCUACGACUGA